UGCUGUUUAAGGGGGUAAACGUACCUUCACUAUAACCGACAAAACCUACGGCGUCUGUCUCUAUCCUGAUUCCUGUCCCAAACUCUAAAGUCUCCACCCCCAGGAAAAAAGAAAUACCCCGUCCUCAAUUCCCCGUUUUUCUUCACAAAAAUCCAGCUGAAUCGAUCCAAUUAUCAGACAAUUAUUCAAGAAUCCUUCCCACAUGCCAGCUUUCACCGGAGAAAACCACCGCCAUGCACCGCCGCCGUACCUCAGCCGGAGCCAGAGGAAACUCCUCCUCUUCUUUCUGAAGUGCGUCAUCAUGGUGGUUGUAAUAUCCCUCUUCCUCUUCUUCCUCGGUUUCGCCGCCAUCGUCCUCCUCCACUUCCUCUUCAUGUCCAACACCUUCCACCGUCGCUGCACCCGUCUCUUCCACCCCACGGCAGCCGCUGAUGACGACACAACGGUUUCCACCAGGGCCGCCGAGGGCUCCCUUCACAUUCAGGCCCUUCUGCCUGACGUGACUUACAGCGUGGCCGCUUUUCCGGGGAAAUCAGAUUGUGCAAUUUGCUUGGAUUCUUUCCAAGAAGGAGAUGGGUGUAGGAAUAUUCCGGUUUGUAAUCACUUGUUUCACGCGAAAUGUGUAGAUAGGUGGAUUAGGAAGAAGCCCACUUGCCCCGUCUGUCGAACCCGGGUGGAUUUGGAUCCGACAAGGUCACCAGGUUCGAGAACCAGCGGCGAUGAUCAAUGGAAGAGGCUUUGGGCUGCUAAUUUCGAGGAGGGCACUUCUUAUUGAAGUUUGACGGAGUUCGAAAGCGAAAGAAUUUGAAGAAACUUCUGUAUGCAAAUGGAAUGCAUAGUGUUUUUAUUUGAUUUCAAAGCUGCUGGUUCUUGCCGAGAUAACUGUAAUGAUUAUAUGGGCUUGAGCAAAAUUACAAUAUUGAAUCAAAGAAAAGGGGCUGAGGCAUAAUUAUCUGCUGUAUAAAUUGGUUUGAUGUUUUGUUUAUGAAACCAUGGAGGUUAGACAAAGUUCUUGAAGACAUUGUUUUGAAGAAAUUGCUCUUUGGA